AUGAAGGACUACAUCACAAUCACUUACUCCGUCACUCACCGCGGCCAUCGCCCCCGGCCAUCACCCACCACCAGACCCAGUACCGGCGACCAGGCCAGUCCGCCAGCCCAAACCCUCUCCCCCUCAACUCUCCAACCUCCUCCUCGCGCCUCCUUGCCCCGGAGAUCUGGGGACGCCCCUGCCGCCACGGAGGGCCCGACUCGCCAGACAAGCAUAUACAUUCCACAAGGGCAGUCGGGCUCCGUCGAGACGGGGCGUUCUUCCCCAGUGACCGGGGUGAGUCUCGAGGUGCGGGAGAUGUUGGAGAGGUCAAUGUCCAUAAGGUGGGAUGAGGGUAUUGGGUUGGCUGGCUGCGUCUGGUUAAUGGCGCUGGUGAUGGUGGUGGUGGUGGUGGUGACGUAA